AUGAAGCUGGUUACAUUGUUUGUAUUUGUAUCGAUUCUUGCGAUCGUUUCAUCUGCAAAAAUUUUGGACGCGUUUCCUACAAGUUCAGACAGUUUGGUUCUUCUCCAUGUGCUAUUUAGACAUGGAAACCGAACACCUGAUAAAUUUAGUCAGUUUCCGACAGAUCCCCACAUUAACGAAACAUUUAAACCAUUUGGUUACAGUCAGUUAACUACUAAAGGUAAGAAAACUGAAUUUGAGAUUGGAAAAUAUAUUCGACAAACAUAUGGUGAUUUUAUUCCUCAACAAUAUGGGCCGGAAGUGGCUUAUGCAAUUUCAACCGAUUUUAAAAGGACUAAAAUGUCACUUGAAUCAGUCCUUGCAGGACUUUUUCCUCCACUCGAUUCGGACGUUUUUUCUUCGGGUUUAAACUGGCAACCAAUACCCUAUGAAAUAGAUGACGGAAUAGACUUAAUACGUGUUCCUUCUAUGUACUGUACUAACUACCUCCAACAAUAUUACAGACAUCUUUUGUCAAAAGAAGGGCAAAAAGUUUUAAAUUACUACCAAGAUCUUUAUCUGCAAGUUUCAAAUUUCACGGGAGAAGAUAUUAUCUUACCAGAAGAAAUAUUCAAUAUCUAUGAAACGCUCGAAAGUGAAAAAGAUUUUGGACUUGAAUUGCCUGCUUGGACUUCAGAUAUUUUUCCCGAAGUUUUGGAAAAGGCUUCUUCUGUUUACAUAGAGUUUUCCACUGCGACUACUGGCUUGAAACGAUUGUCUACAGGGCAUUUACUUAAAAAAAUUAUUGAGGACAGUUUAGCCAAACGAGAUGGUUCUUUACCAGAAGAUCGCAAAAUUUUCUUGUAUUCAGCACAUGAUUACAGCGUUGGAGUAAUGUUAAGAGCCUUAGAUGUGUUUUAUCCACAUGUACCACCCUAUGGAGCAACGAUUUUUUUUGAAAUUCACAACAUUGACGGAACUUAUGGUUUAAAGUUGUUGUAUCAGAAUUACAGUCAGGCAACUCCACAACUGCUUACUAUACCCGGAUGUUCAAGUUUUUGUGAUCUUGACAAACUUGUUGAGUUGAUGUCAAAUAAUUUUCCCACUGAAACUGACGUCUGUAAUUACUCUGGAGAACUUGUAUAAAUGAAGAUCGCAAUUAUUAUAUGCUUAUAGUCAAUACAAUAAAAUAUAUUUGAAAAGUUA